AUGCUGCAGCUCGACGCGUCAAGCCUCGUGGUGUCGGACGCCAAGCCGAUCGCAUCUGGCGCGUUUGGCGACGUGUGGCGCGCCACGUACCUCGCCACCAACGCCACCGUGGUCAUCAAGCGCAACAAAGACCGCCGACCCGAAGCCAUCCACGCCUUCAUCCAAGAGAUUCUGCUUCUCGCCAAGCUCCAGAGCCCAUACAUUGUGACGCUUGUCGGCGUGACGUGGCGCCGGCUCCUCGACAUCGAAGCGGUACUGGAGCACAUGCAAGCGGGCGACCUCCGGAGCUACCUCGCGAUUUCCAGUCGAGACGCGAUCCCGUGGGCGGAGAAGGCGCUGCUGCUGCAGAGCAUCGUGUACGGCCUCGUGUUUCUCCAUACGUUCAGCCCUGUCGUGAUCCACCGCGACCUCAAGUCCCGCAACGUCUUGUUGGACGAGACAUGCGGCGCCAAGUUGACCGAUUUUGGCGUCUCGCGCGAGCUCUGCGACGCGCGCACGCUGACUUCGGGUAUCGGCACGUUCCAGUGGAUGGCGCCCGAAGUCAUCAACGGCUCGUCGUACAGUGAGGCCGCCGACAUUUACUCGUUUGGAGUGAUUGUGUCCGAGAUGAGUACACACGAGGUGCCGUACACCCAGCGAUACUUUGCGUCGCAGAGUGCGCAGAGUCUCUUGACCAAAAUCGCGAGCGGCGACCUGCGACCGGACUUUGAUGCGACGUCGCCGCGCUGGGUCCACGAAGUCGGUGUCCGCUGCUUGGCGUGGGACCCGAGUCUGCGCCCGACCACAUUGGAGCUCACAGUGUUGGUGCGUCAGUUUGUCGAUAGCUUGAUCGACUAAUACGUUUGAGAGAAAUUUGAAUACUUUGUUAUGUCCA